GCAUGGUGAAUUAUUUGCCUCAUAAGUAUUGAUAUGACAGACUUGCUGCUGGCUGCACAAAUUGUGUUGAGAACAGAAUCCAGUCCGGGUUUUCCCGCCACCUCACGGACGUCCAUGAAAUAGCCUGAAGUCGACUGGAGAGUGUUGGUCGUGUCUGGCAGAGGACUGCGGUGAAUGGAUUGACAUAUGUAGGAUUUGCCUUUUUUUCGAUGCUUUACGCUCUGUGGCAGCAUGUCAGUGAUACAGUUGAAAGUUUCAUCGUGAAGUCAGCAGACCGAGCUGCUUUUCACGCGUGCCAAGAUAGGCUCGAUCGAAGAGAAAAUGCUGAACGAUCAGUCGUGUCUUACAGGCGGGGAAUAGUACUUCUCCGGUAACCAAUUAUCCAUAUGUGAUCUUGAAACAGGCAACAGUACAUGAAAGAUUUGACAAGUACUAUUGUCCAGAGUCAUCAGUAUUCUGUUUCCCAUGCCGGCUGUCCCAUACCCUACCUCCCACCUCCUCCUCACUCAGCCCAGCUAUGCCUCGCACUCCCAAAUCAGCCAAAAAAUCUUCACAUACAUCCAGAAAGCAAAAUGUCAGGGGUGUGAAACCUUACAUGACUACAAGACAAACAGCAAACUCACUCAAAGCUAACUGCUCUGCCACACUCAGGAGGCAAGACCAGAUCAGGAAGUCCACAGACAAGAGACGGGCAGCCAAGGAUGCCCAGAGGAGUCCUGCCAGCAAGCCUGGCGCGAGGAGUGUCAAGACUGCCCCCGUUGUUAAAGUAUCCAGACAUACGCGUGCUUCUUUGAAGCAAAAUGGCUUGUUGUCAAAACGUAAUGGCCAAGGGAGGUCACCUCGAAAUAGUCGCUUGUGUCAGAACGUACUACGAGAAGUUGAGUCUCGCAGGAGGGCGGUUACGAGGAGAAAGGGAGGUCAGCAGAUCAGGGAACAGGAUACUGAUACAAAAAGGCCCGAACUUCAUGAUCUUAACAGUGAUGGGCAAAAAAAGAUCACUGUUAUUCCUACUGGAGAGGGACUGACCAUUAACAUAAGCUCUGAGGAAACUGCGGAGGAUCACAGAGAGACUGUUGUUCUCAACACUGACAAGGCAGAGGAGGAGAAGGUAAAGGCAAACACAGAAACUGUACAAAACUGUACUGAUACAGAGGUUGCCCUUGUUGAGCAGUGUGACACUUCAGAGCUCAAACCCGUCAAUAACGUGAACUUUGCCUACAACACUGAUACCUCAGGCCCAACAGUUCCCUCCCCUACACAGUCAGAUAAGUAUGUUUCAGGUCAGAAUGAGCAGGACAACGAAAUUGACUUUUCUGACAGUUCUUGUGAAACCACUCCAGAAACCUCUGCAGAAGCAGGUGAGACUGUGACGUCCCCAAUUUGUCAAUCCCUUAAAGAAUCACCAGCACUUGAAAACAUCACAGAUUCUCCCCAGGUAGGAAAAACAGAGUUGCAAAGCACUGAAGACGGCGAUACCAAAGAUGAAAUUGACGAUGCUGAAAUGUUAAUGAAGAAAGAGGGAGCGCUUUCUCUCCUUUCUCUGAGUGCAACCAUUUACAACAGCACUCUUUAUGAUACAGACCGUGAGCCUCAGGCAACAACAUCUUUUAACGGCAUGCUUUCCAAUAGCACAGAGAGCACCCAGUCCUCUUUUGACUGCGAGUCAGAGUUGGUUCUAGUGCACAGAACAUCAGGAAGCCCUUCUCCCGAGGAUGAGGAUAUUCAGCUGAGUUUACUAAGAGUUCAAGAGAGGAGAGAGAGAAAGAAGAGAAGUCAUUGCGGCUUUUGUGUGCCCUGUCUGCGCAAGAUCAACUGUGGGGAAUGCAGAAGUUGCCUGAACCGAAAAACGGGCCAUCAGAUCUGUAAGCUCAGGAAAUGUGUCGAGCUGAGGAAAAAGCCUCUAAUGAUCUUUACGGGAGAGGUAGGGUGCAAGGAUAUUUCCAAACCACUGAAAAAAAAGCGAGUUUCAAAGGUUGAGUCAGAGUUAAAUUCAGUAAAUGGCACAGACUCGGAGCAGAUGGAGGAGACCAGUGUGUCACCAGAGGAAGAAGAGCAUUACAUAUCCCAAACACACAAUGUCCCUGAUUUUCUCACGCCUCUCCAGCAUGGCCUGGCAACAGCACCUCCUGGAAAGCAGCCCUGGACCACUGAUAGCAAAUUUGUCCUUCUCAUCUCUCAAACUACUCUAAAUGGUGCUGAACACAUCAACCCAAACACUGAGAAACAUGCUGAACUGUCCUGUAGAACUACAACCAUGACUCAUGAACUUGAGGCACCUCAAGAAAAGACAGUUCCGUUGAAGAAAAUCAAACUGGAGGAGCAACCGGUGGAGAUAGAUAACCAGCACUCAAUGCACUUAGAGUCUAACGGGUGCUAUGAGGAUCCUUUAUCCACUCUAGCAGCUGUAGUCUGCUUCUGUAGUACAGAUAGGAAAGGUAUUUUUGGGCCUCAGGCCUCAGAUAUCUGUUCUUUAAAAUCUGAGCCGAAAGAAGAGCCUGAUCAGUGUCAGUCAAUUCAAGGAAAACCAGCAAAACCUCCUCAGCAAGAUAACAUUGCACUAUCUUUACCCAGUGUCCAGUCUCUGGUCCAGCAUAGGAAUAUUAGUGUUGAUCAGGCUAUAGCUAUUGAGGCCUUGACCCAACUGGCAGCUACUCAACAAACGGUGCCCUUCAGAACAGAAGACCAGGACACUCAGCAAGAAAACCCAACGUCUACAUACUCUGCUUCAAGCAACCACAAACCUCCUCUGGAGGCUAAAUCAGUUUCAGAUAUUUUCUCUAACAAGGUCUCAGUAAUUAGUUCAUCCAUGCACCAGACAUCUGUCAUCCGCAGCCCUUUGAAUAGGCAGGCAAACUUCACCCAAAAUCAGCGCUGUGCACCUACCCCCAGAAAGCUUUCCUUGAAGGAUCUUCUGGUAGCUAGUUCAGAAUGUGAAAAGCUAUCGGACACUGCAGAGAACCAAAGAUAUGGCCAAGCAAUUUGUAAAGCUGACAGGUUAGAAGGCACUUUUAAGAAAGUAAAACAUGGUGAUGGGACUCCUAUCUCAAGAAAGAGGGAUGAGGAGGAAGUUGCUGCUCAAUUGGUGCAACUUGCAUUCAUGAUCCAAUCAAGACAAUCGAAGCAAGUCUCAGAAAACAGUCCGCUGAAAGGAAUGCCAGCUCAGACCAUGAAAUACAAUAAUAUUUUGGGGCAGCACUCGAGAAAACAAAGGAAACCUAGAACGGCACCUUCAAAACCCAGAAUAUCUAAGAAGAAAGCUGGUGAAGUUGAGGACAACCAUUGUAGGAUUCCACUGGCCAAGAGGACACCCAACAGAAAGACCCCGCUCAAGGCCACAAUCCAGAAAACCAUUUCGCAACAUAAGAUGAGGUUUCAGCACAAAAGGAGUCCAUAUCUUCCACAAGCUCAGAUAGACCUGAAAAAAUACAUAGCAGAAGCUCAUCAUGAGAACAGGCAGCUCUUAUAUUACAGCAACUCUCUGAAGAAAGAGCAUUUAGACUUUGAAACAAUCACAGGCUCUGGGAAACAGAAUGGCUUUCACUUUAAACACGAGCAUAGUGACAACACUGUAUCACUGCCAAAUGGACUCUUCCACAAUCAUACAAAUGACCAUCUUGGUGCUUGCCAGUGGAGGAAGCAUGAAUGUGAACAACACAUGAUUUCUCAGGCAUCGAAAACCUAUGAUGUGCUAAACCAUGGUGCUAAACAACAACCUCAGCACACCAUGCCCAGUGUACUUUGCAAAGACUUGCCACAAAGCCCAGGGGUGAACCAUAAAACAAACAAUUUCAACUAUAAUCAACACUUGCACACAAAUCUAAAUGGACAUUACAAAGUGGAGAAGUCUGGUGGCGUCACGGUGCUGUCCACAUCCACUGUACAUUUGGAAAAUGGUGACUUGCCAUACACUGGAGAACAGACUCCCCCCAAGCACACUCUAAACAGCUUUUUGGAGUCUCCAAUGAGGUUCUUGGACACACCAACCAAGAACCUGCUCAACACCCCCUCCAAACAAUCCACUGAACUGCCCUCCUGUGACUGUGUGGAACAAAUUAUUGAGAAGGAGGAGGGUCCGUACUACACUCACCUUGGAACUGGCCCGAAUGUAGCAGCAGUGAGAGAGAUGAUAGAGAACAGGUAUGGUGAGAAAGGCAACGCAGUCCGUGUGGAGGUUGUGGUGUAUACUGGCAAAGAGGGGCGGAGCUCGCAGGGUUGCCCAAUCGCCAAGUGGAUCAUACGUCGUGGAAGUGAGGAAGAGAAGUUGUUGUGUCUUGUGCGGCAGCGUGCUGGUCACUGCUGUCCAAACGCAGUGGUCGUCAUUCUAAUCCUGGCCUGGGAGGGGAUCCCACGCGGUGUGGCCGACAGGCUGUACCAGGAGCUCACACAGACUCUCUGCAAACAUGGCUCACCCACUAGCCGCCGCUGUGCCCUCAAUGAAGAUCGUACCUGUGCAUGUCAGGGUCUGGAUCCAGAGACCUGCGGUGCCUCCUUCUCUUUUGGUUGCUCCUGGAGUAUGUACUUCAAUGGCUGCAAGUUUGCACGUAGCAAAACGCCCAGGAAGUUCAGGCUACAGGGAGACUACCCUGAGGAGGAGGAGAAGUUGGAGAGAAAUCUGCAGAAUCUGGCCACAGAUUUGGCACCUGUGUACAGGAAACUGGCUCCUGAGGCCUUUCAGAACCAGGUUGAGCAGGAGCAGCAGGGGCAGGACUGUCGGCUGGGCAGGAGGGAAGGUCGACCAUUCUCUGGUGUGACUGCAUGUGUGGACUUCUGUGCUCAUGCUCACAAAGACACACAUAACAUGACCAAUGGAAGUACUGUGGUAUGCACUUUAACCAAGGAGGAUAACCGUGCAGUGCGAAACAUUCCGGAGGACGAGCAACUGCACGUCCUGCCUCUUUAUAAGAUCUCUGACACGGAUGAGUUCGGCCAUGUUGAGGGCCAGUGGGCUAAGAUGAAGACAGGGGCUCUGCAGGUCCUCUCUGCUUUCCCAAGAGAAGUGAGAGUGCUGGCUGAGCCAGUAAAGUCAGCCCGCAAGAGGAGGAUGGAGGCUAAAAGAGCCCAUGCUGAGAAACUUAACGGCCUGGAUAGUAAGCAGGUCACUCCUGUAAAAGUAAAGAAUGAGUCUCUUAAAGGUUUCAAACACACCUCUGUUGAACAUUCACCAUGUAAAGAAAAGGAAACUCAGAAUCUCUGUUCAAGAAUGCAGUUGCCUGGGGUUCAAGACAUAGGACGACAGUUCUCAGACUUCCAUUCUUCUAGCCCAUACAAGCCGAGUAACACAUGUGCCAGACCUCCUGUGGCCUCCAACUUUGGCACGGCCGCACAUUCUACUUCACCUCACCCAGACUUCCCUCAAUCCCAGCAUGUUUUCUCUGGAGGAACCACCCACAACAAUGGUUCUCAUUCUUUUAAACCUAGCCCAGGACUGGAUGCCUUUCGGCAGAUCUCUGCAGAGAUCUCUGAGCAGAAACCAUUCGGGAACCAGCCAUGUUUGAUUGACCCCAUGAAAUCAAACUUCCAUAACCGCUCUGAUUACUCUCCCUCUUUCAAAUCCGAGCCUGAGGAGAUGCGGUGCUUCCAGGGUGAGGCGGCUCCCACUCUGCUCUCCUCGCCAGUGGCUGAGGGUCUUCACAGUCGGUUGAACUGCCACCCUAGAGGUCAACUAGGCCUUGUGGACCACAACAACCCACCCAUUACUCCAGAGGUGUUUAAAGCAGAGGAGGUAUGGUCAGACAGCGAGCACAAUUUCCUUGACAGCGAUAUUGGUGGGGUUGCGGUGGCUCCCUCUCACGGCUCUAUCCUAAUCGAAUGUGCCCGACGGGAGCUACACGCAACCACUCCUAUCCUACGACCCAACCGCACGCAUCCCACUCGCAUUUCCUUGGUCUUCUACCAACACAAGAGCCUGAAUGCACCUGGUCAUGGCCUGCAACAGUGGGAGGCCAAGAUGGCUAUAAAGGCCAGGGAGAAAGAAGAGGAGGCGGAGCGUCUGGAAGCUUUGGAUGCCAUGGAUAAAAGGUUGAGGGCAAUGGGUUCCAGUACAGAGAGUGAAGAUGAGACUUAUCAAGAUGAGAGACACAAGCUUCAGGUCCCUACCCGUCAAUCGCUAACAGUUACAUGUAAUGGUGUCAUCAUGUCAGCCCCCUACGCCCUCACACAUGUUACUGGGCCUUAUAACCGCUGGACGUGAUAUUUUCCGUGCUUUUCAAGCUAAUGCCUUACCUCAGUUAGUUCUGUUUCUGUCUCACCUGUUUUUAUGUGCCCUCUUUCAGUUGUGAUCUUCAUGUCAGCUUUUACAUUGGACUACCAUUGGUUUUUAACUGUGAGUUCUUGUGUGUGUGUGUGUGUGUUUGUACAUGUCUGUGUUUUUUUAUUGUAAAGAGAUGGUGCUCAGAACAGAUAUUAUAAAACUGGUUUUAUACAUAUAGAUUGAAUUAGUGCAUAGAAGAUGUGAUUAUUUAUUCUGAUCAUUUUUAAAACUAUUUUGUAAUUUAAUUUCUGGUCCAAGCCUGUUUACUGCAAUAGGAUUAUGUCAUCCUUUAAAUGACGUGUGUAGUAAACACUCCGAAUUGACAUUGUCAAAUGUGAGUUCUAUUUUCUUGGGUGCUCUCUUGUAGUUGCUCUUUAAUGGUGCCAUUGUAGCAGUAAGGUUAAAUGACAAUUGGUCAUUAUAACAACUUUACAUUUUACAUUAGAUUGUUGGUCACAUAUUUAAAUUACAGGUAUUGACCUUAUUCACACUAGCACAAUCUUUGAUUUUUAACUGUAAUGAAAACGAGGCUGAUAGGGAUAGACUUACCAUCUCUUUAAUUGCACACACGGUAUGAAGCUGUAUAAAGUUCCUUGAUGCCAUCUGAUUUUUCACAACUCAUGUUGUGUGGAGUUUUUUGUAUACUGAAUGUUCUUGAAAAUAUAUUUUUCACCGUUUUGUCCGCAGAACGAUCCAAAAACACUUUAAACUGCAGUACAACCCAGUGAAUCCUGUCUAUCCCUCACAGCCUCGUUGUCAUUCCCAUCAAAAAUAAAAAUGGCGCUGCUGUGAAAAAGGUCAAUAGCUUUUGGUUUCGUCUCUUCACUUUUCUGGGUAAAUUGUAUUGGUAAUGAAGGUAAAAAAAAAUUGUAAUGUGAAACAUAGUUUCCAGUAAUUAGCAUCUUUUAAAAAGCACUUUGUAUCUUCAAAAAAAAAACUUGAUCUUUGAAGUUUCCAAUAUACACAUUUGUUUUUUAUUGAUUAUCAAGUAUCUACAAUCAAAAUUGUUUGGUGUAUCUUUCUGCAAUUCAAUCAUGAUUAUGAACUUUGCAUAUUUAAGCAAUAAUCAUGGAGGGUUUUAUGCUGCAGUUUGACAACGUGUCAAAAUCAAAACCAUUUAAUUACCUUCAUUUAUGUAAAUGAUCAUGUUAUUUGUUCCCAGUUUCUGAGGUUUGAAACAUGACUUGAAAACAACUUAAUCAUUUUAUGCAUAAUGACACAUUUUUUAUCAUUCAAGCGUGUUAAAAUAUGUGAAAACGAAUUUUCUGUAUGUUUUGUUUUUUUUUACUGGUGCUUUUAAAGAAAUCCCAUGAAACCUCCUGAGAUGUCAUUUCAUAUAUUUGUAUUGCUAAAUGGAGCAUUUUUAUUUUAAAUAAAUCCCUUUUUUUGGUGAGGGGAGCCAUGGAGUAAAUCAAUAUCUGUACAUUUUGAUAUAAACAAAAGUUUGUUAAAUUUUUAUUUGGGUGCAGUGCAUGGAAAGGUCAACUUUAAAACCAUGACAACUUUGUAAUUGCGUGUGUAUCUAGAGGCCUAGUCAAGAUAUUGGCUCAAGUAAAAGCAAAAAGGUUUACAUUACUUUUACAUGAGGUUUAUAGUGAACACAAGGCUGAAAAGUCUUUUUUUAAUUGUUCUUCUUCAAGGUGCUAAAGAGUGUACGUCAGUGUUCAAAACCAUUGUACAACUAAAAUGCUGUUAUAUUUAAGCACUUGAAAAAAAUAUCUUUUCAUGUUAAUUCUGAGAAAUUUUACACAUCAUCUCUGAAAACAUGUUUUGACUAUUAACUCGCACUCUAGUUGCAAAUAUAGGAAAACUCUACAGUAACUCAAUGUGAACCUAUGUUUUGAGGAACUUGAAGUCACAAAGUGGCAUGGGUAUAUUCACGCUACUGUCUCAUCAAUUAAAUCUAUUUUUUGCUGAACAAUGCAACUGUUGUUUUUGUGUAAAACCAUCAUGUAUAACGAAAAUAAGACUAUUGUAACCAUGGGUUUUUUAUGAAACUGCAGUGGUGCUCAUACAUAGUACCAGACAAGUCACAUUUAGGUGCGGCACUAGUUUGGAUCUUUAAUUUUUGGGGGUGUUUAAUAUUUACCUUACUUAAAGCUGAAGUGUGUAUAUUUUUCAGUGUUUAAAUACUUUCUCCUUUUCCACCUUAAUAGGCAGAGACAACCAUAAAUAAGCCAUUUGUAGGUUGGUUCCCCCAAAAAGAGUAAACACUGUGGCACUAUCAAAACAUUGCUCUGUUCGUUUUAGAAUCUGUUGCUGUCUGCUUUUUUUUUUUUUUUUUGGACCAAUGGCAGACAGGGGAACUUAUGCAAUUCCGUUUGGUGACUCUAGUGGUGCAGAAAUUUUACACUUCAGCUUUAAACAUCAUAAGCAUGCUUUAUUGUGUUUUGUCCUUCUUGACCUUGUGUGACACAAAUACUAUGACCCUCACAGUCACCGCAUAUUAAUUCAUUAUGAUUAAAACGUCAGGACUGUCUUUUGGACUCAAUAAAAUUGAAUGGCCUAAGGGAAAUACCAAUGCAAUUUGUUUUAAAGCUCAAUGAUUUUAUUUAUUUUUCUAAGCUAUAGUUUUCUUUGAAUUAUGCUUUGGUUUGUCUCCAUGUCCCUGUUCAAACCCUGUAUUAUUUGUGUGAAUUCAAUUUAUAACUACGCAACUACUGAUACAUCUAGCAUUUUAUACGUUUGGCUCACAUAAUCUCAUUUCAGUAAUCAAAAAGAGUGUACAUGGCCCUCACAGCAACAUUUGGUAAAAGAAAACAAAAUCUGAAGUAAAUAUUGUUACAUUCCUUUUCAAACCAAUACAGUAUUCACCUGGCUAUCCACAUUAUAAAUCUAUUGCAUGUUUCUCAUCCUUUGUUGUAGUUUUUUCCUCCCUCUUUUCUCAGGUAGUCUGUGCCCUCAUGUAACUUUGGACAUAAGCUUUUAGGAUUCUCACAUUGUCUUCCAAUCAAAUUCUCAAAAAUGUUAAUUUACUUUUGUUUAUAUUUUGUGAAAUGGUCAAGUGGUUCCCCUUAUGUCAUCUUCAAUGAAUUAACUUGUUUGGCAGUUAUGUUCUAUAUACUGUGAAUGUCUAUACUGAUGGGUUAAGGGGGAAGUGUGUAAAAAAAAAAAAAAGAAAUUAGAAAAAUCUCCUUUCCCAACUUUUAUUGCAGAGGCAACUUUUAAGGCAACCAUUCGGUUCCGGCAAAAUAUAUAAACAGUGAGGCACUAUUAAAAUAUUGCUCUGUUGUUUGUUUGAGUAUCCCAACUGGCCCAGUAUAGCAGCAAUGACAAAACCAGUGAGUUUGGGGUGGGACUUUGUUUUUUGUUUUUUUUUGUGGUUUAGAAAUUACACACUUCACCUUUAAGUCUGAAUGUAAGCCAUUGUGGGCAACAUUAUAUGUUGUGAUCUAUAAUGUCAAAUUGUACACCUACUUGUAAAAUCAAACAAGAACAUAUUAUGACUUGAAGAUUUCAUUCUAUAUGACAUGGAAUGUUUUGUCAAGAAAGAAAACACCAGCUUUUGAGAUUUUUCUUUAAAUAAAACAAAUAAAAUGCACAGUUGUAAGCUA